AUGGAGCAAGGACGUGGAGGCCCUUCUGUGCUGCCCCGCUGGCCCCUGCCUAGGCGGCAGGCUCCACUUUGUCUCUCUGCACAGCCUGCCCUGUGGCCAACCCUGGCUAUUCUGGUUCUGCUGAGCAGUGUCGCUGAGGCCUCUCUGGGCCUCGCACCCCGCAGCCCUGCCACUCGUGAAGGCCCCGCACCAGCCCCGGCGCCCCCCGUGGGCCACCUGCCAGGUGGCCGCCCUUUCCGUUCCUGCAGCGGAAGGCGGCCGGCCCCUCAACCUCCCCGGCCAGCGCCCCCUCCAUCUGCACCCGCUCCGGUUCCUUCCCGUGGGGGCCGCGCAGCGCGGGCUUGGGGCCGAAGUGGCAGUGCGCGGGCCGUGGGGGCGCGGAGCUGCCGCCUGCGCUCGCAGUUGGUUCCUGUGCACGCACUCGGCCUGGGCCACAGCUCCGACGAACUAGUGCAUUUCCGCUUCUGCAGCGGCUCUUGCCGCAGGGAGCGCUCCGCGCACGACCUCAGCUUGGCCAAGCUGCUGGGUGCUGGGGCCUUACGGUUGCUCGCGGGCUCUCAGCCGGUCAGCCAGCCCUGCUGCCGACCCACGCGUUAUGAGGCUGUCUCCUUUAUGGAUGUCAACAGCACCUGGAGGACUGUGGACCGGCUCUCAGCCACUGCCUGCGGCUGCCUGGGCUGAAAACUCUCUCCAAGGACUUGCAGAUGGUACCCUUACUCGGGAAUCUUCCUGACUGGAAGGGGCCAGGGGCCUCAACCAGAGAUGGACAUCACAGGCCUCAGCUGAGCAAGUGAUGAGCAUGAGCCCUGGAAAGAUGGGGGAUGACUGACCACAGUCCUCAUCCUGCGAGUCCCAGCCCUGCAGACCCCAGAGACCUGGCUACAGAGACCUGGGACCCGGCUCACAGACGCUGGCAGGGGCUGGGCCCAAGACCCACGACUCCUCCUCUGGAGAAGCUAGCCAUCUCUGAGGUCUACGCCUCAGCCCAGGCCCCGGGGACAGAAUUGGAGGAGAAGCAUUGCAAUCACAUUGCUGAAGUGAGCAGCCUGGUACUCACUCCUGGGAACUGGACCCCUAUUUAUUAUUUCUAAGUUAUUUAUUUA